AUGUAUUGUGGAGAUUAUACACAAGGAACAAUUUUUCCUGCUCCAAAUUUUAACCCUAUUAUGGAUGCGCAGGUGCUAGGAGGAGCCCUACAGGGAAUUAGUUGUGAAAAAGAUGUGUUGAUUGACAUCCUAACGCAGCGCUGCAAUUCACAACGGCUUAUGAUUGCUGAGGCAUACAGAGACAUGUAUGGCAGGGAUUUGAUAGCAGACCUAAAAGAGAAUCUCUCUCAUCACUUCAAAGAAGUCAUGGUUGGCCUGAUGUAUCCACCUGCCUCCUAUGAUGCCCAUGAGCUCUGGCAUGCCUUGAAGGGAGUAGACACAGAAGAAAACUGUCUAAUUGACAUAUUAGCCUCAAGAUCAAAUAUGGAGAUAUUCCAGAUGAAAGAAGCCUACUUAAUGCAAUAUAAUAACGAUCUUCAACAAGAUAUCGAUUCUGAGACUUCAGGUCACUUCAGAGACACGCUUAUGAACCUUGCUCAGGGAACGAGGAUGGAAGGAUAUGCAGAUCCUUCUUCAGCUGCUCAGGAUGCAAUGAUUCUAUGGGAAGCGUGUCAGCGGAAAACAGGCGAACACAAAAACAUGCUGCAAAUGAUUCUCUGCAAUAAGAGUUACCAGCAGUUGUGGAUGGUUUUUCAGGAGUUCCAAAAUAUCUCUGGGCAAGACUUGGUAGAUGCCAUUAAUGAAUGUUACGAUGGAUACUUUCAAGAAUUGCUGGUUGCAAUAGUUCUCUGUGUUCGUGACAAGCCUUCCUACUUUGCUUAUAGGCUUUACAAUGCAAUUCACGAGUUUGGAUUCCACAAUAAGACAGUCAUAAGGAUUCUCAUUGCCAGGAGUGAAAUCGACUUGAUGAAUAUACGCCAACGAUACAAAGAGAGAUAUGGCAAAUCGCUCUUUCAUGAUAUUAAACAUUUUGCUUCAGGGCACUAUGAGAGUGCUUUACUUGCUAUCUGUGCUGGUGAUGCUGAAGAUUAUUAA